UAGAAGAGAAGCCGCUUCCCUGCCGCUCUCAUGCUGCGCCCCGACGUCUGCCUCUUGCUGCUUCCGCUUCUCUUCCUCCUGGCGCCGGGGCCCGCCGAGGGGGAGGCGGAGGCGGCGGCCGAGAGGCUGAGCCCCUACUUCGGCACCAAGUCCCGCUACGAGGAGCUGCACCCGGAGCUCCUGCGGGACCCGCUGUCGCUCGGGCCGCCGCAGCCGGGCUUCCCGCUGCCUCCGGCUUCCUGCGCCCCGCUGCAGCUCGGCGCCGUCUUCCGCCACGGCACCCGCUUCCCGACGCGCAAGCAGAUCCAGAAGCUGGGCCGCCUCCACGGACUCGUCCAGGGAAACGCCGGGAAAUGCAACGCCAGCGCCGCCUCCCGCCUGGCGCGCUGGACCAUGUGGCUCCGGCCGGACAUGGACGGCAAGCUGGCCCCUCGGGGGCGCCGCGACAUGGAGAUGCUGGCCAGGCGCCUCGCCGGCCGCUUCCCCAGCCUCCUGGCCCGGAACCGACGCUUCGCCUUCGUUAGCAGCUCCAAGCACCGGUGCCUGGACAGCGCCGCCGCCUUCCGCGAAGGGCUUCGGCAGGCGGUCGGCGGCCAGCGGCAGGGCACGUCCCAAAAGCAUGCCACGACGACAGAAGGAAUUGAAACCAACGACAAGCUUAUGAGGUUUUUUGAUCUGUGUGAAAGAUUUGUUAAAUAUAUAGAAGACAAUGAUACGGCUAUGCAUGAGCUGGAUGCCUUCAAGGAAGGUCCUGAGAUGAAGGAAGUAGUGGGGAAAAUUGCAAAUACCUUGUGUCUACCAGUGAAUGACUUAAACGCAGAUUUGGUUCAGGUGGCAUUUUUCACUUGCUCAUUUGAGCUGGCCAUAAAAAACAUUAGCUCCCCCUGGUGUUCGCUCUUCAGUGAAGAAGAUGCCAAGGUACUUGAAUAUCUGAACGAUCUGAAGCAGUACUGGAAGAGAGCUUAUGGGUAUCCUAUCAACAGCCGCUCCAGCUGCAUUCUUAUGCAGGAUAUCUUCAAACAUUUGGACCAGGCUGUUACAGAGAGUAAAAGUUCGAAGCCUAUUUCCUCUCCCGUGAUCCUCCAGUUUGGACAUGCAGAAACCCUUCAACCUCUCCUUGCUCUCAUGGGCUACUUCAAAGACGAAGAGCCUCUUAAAGCUAACAACUACCACAGGCAGAUGCAUCGGAAAUUUCGUAGUGGCCGCAUCGUCCCUUAUGCCGCAAACCUGUUAUUUGUGCUUUAUCACUGUGAUCAAGCCACAACUCCAGAGGAAGAGUACAAGAUCCAGAUACUGCUCAACGAGAAGCUGCUGCAAUUUCCACACACGGGAGAAACAGUUGCUUUGUACAAUGACCUGAAAAACCACUAUAAUGAAGCCCUUCAAAAUUGUCACUUUUCCGAAGUGUGCAACAUGCCAAAAAAUACUACUGAAGGUGGUCUGUAUGUAAAGGGGACAAAGUAGAGGAAGAGUUUUUGUGUGUGGAAGUGUUUGAUAAAAUGUAGCUCUUUUGCUUUUGCUACUUUUUAGGAAGAUGUACCAUUACGCUUUAAAAAAACAACAACUUCAUAAACUUGUUUCUGAAAUUCAAAAACAAAAUUACAAAAAAGAAAGAUACAGGACAUCUCAAAACAUUCAAACAAACUUCUGAAGCUGUUUCUGGA